AUGCAACAAAGUCCCAAGAUCCACGGUCGACCCGCUGAGGAGAACACUCCUCUCAAGGCCUCACAUGUCACAACGAAGAAGUCCCAUGACCCGUUGGUUCACCUGCUAGCUGGCGCGAGCGGUGGCUUUGCAACUGCUAUCGCUACAUCUCCCCUCGAUGUCCUGAGAACACGACUCCAAUCUGAUUUCUACCAACGUCCUCCCUCCGCCGCCUCCGCGGGCGCUAUCCCUCAACACACAAGUCACAAAACUGUCCGAAUAAUUGGCAAUAUCUAUCAAGCAGAAGGAUGGAGAGCAUUCUUUCGCGGCCUUGGCCCUAGUCUUGCUGGCGUGGUUCCGGCUACUGCCAUCAAGUUCUAUGUCUACGGAAACUGUAAGCGGAUCGGCGCCCAGCUGCUAGGAACAGGCGAAGACUCAACGCUCGUCCACGCGCAAGCCGCUAUUUCCGCGGGAAUAGCGACGGCCACGGCAACCAAUCCAAUUUGGCUGGUCAAGACACGACUGCAACUGGACAAAGCUCAAGCAACCACUGGAAGCCGCCGGUACAAGAACAGUCUGGACUGUGUCCGCCAAGUUCUCCGCCAGGAGGGCAUCCGCGGGUUGUACAGGGGACUUAGCGCAAGUUAUCUAGGUUCCUUGGAGACGGCGCUUCACCUGGUCCUGUACGAACGGAUGAAGACUAUUUUACAUAAAUCGCUCGGAUCGACGGAUGGGAAGGAAUCGGCCACGCAAAAGGAAAUCACAAGCUGGCUCAGCACAACCGGUGCGGCGGGAUCCGCCAAGUUUGCUGCUGCCCUCAUCGCAUACCCGCACGAGGUUAUCCGAACACGACUGCGCCAAGCACCGCUGGAAAACGGCUCUCCCAAAUACACCAGUCUGGUGCAGUGCUUCCGACUGAUUGCUAAAGAAGAGGGUAUGGCAGGUCUCUACGGAGGUCUUAUGCCGCAUAUGGUUCGCUCGGUCCCCUCAGCCAUCAUCACUCUGGGUGUCUACGAGUUCGUCCUGCGGUUUAUCGGCACGUCCGCAUAA